AUGACCAUUUCCUUCAAAGACAAGGUCGUGGUCGUCACCGGCGCAGGUGGCGGCUUGGGCAAACACUACUGUCUCGAAUACGCCAAGCGAGGCGCCAAGGUGGUGGUGAACGACUUGGGCGGCACUCUCGGUGGCCAGGGCGGAGACUCCAAAGCGGCCGACUUGGUGGUCGAGGAGAUCCGCAAGUUGGGCGGACAGGCCGUUGCCGACUACAACAACGUGUUGGACGGCGAGAAGAUCAUCGAGACCGCCGUCAAGGCGUUUGGAACGGUCCAUGUGGUGGUCAACAACGCCGGAAUCUUGCGCGAUGCCCAGUUCAAGAAGAUGUCCGAUCUGGACUUCCAGUUGGUCACCGAUGUGCACACCAACGGUGCGUUCAAGGUCACCAAGGCCGCAUGGCCAUAUUUCCGUAAACAAAACUAUGGCCGUAUCGUGAACACCGCCUCUCCGGCCGGCUUGUAUGGUAACUUCGGCCAGGCCAACUACUCGGCAGCCAAGAUGGGGUUGAUCGGCUUUGCAGAGACCUUGGCCAAGGAGGGCGAGAACCACAACAUCAAGGCCAACGUCAUCGCGCCUCUUGCGCGGUCCAGAAUGACCGAGUCCAUCUUGCCGCCUCCAAUCUUGGAGCAGCUCGGCCCAGAGAAGGUAGCCCCAAUGGUGCUCUACUUGUCCUCCGAAAACAACACCGAGCUCAACGGUGAGAUCUUCGAGGUUGCCGCGGGCUUCUACGCGCAAAUCCGCUGGGAAAGAUCUGGCGGUGCUUUGUUCAAGCCCGACGACACCUUCACCCCUGAGUCUGUCGCAAAGAGAUUCGAUGAGAUCAUGAACUUCGACGACUCCUCGAAGCCCGACUUGUUGAAGAACCAACAUCCAAAGAUGCUCAAUGACUACACUUCGCUCGUGGACGCUGCCCACAAGUUGCCGGAGAACGACAACUCGGGCGCUCCUGCUGUCAGUGUCAAGGGCAGAGUUGUGGUUAUUACCGGUGCUGGUGCUGGUUUGGGCCGUGACUACGCCUUGGCCUUCGCCAAGGCUGGUGCUAAGGUCGUUGUCAAUGACUUUAAGGAUCCUUCUAAGGUCGUUGACGAGAUCAAGGCUGCUGGAGGCGAGGCCCAUGGCGACAAGCACGAUGUUGCUACUCAAGCCAAGGAUAUCAUUGACAACGUCAUCAACAAGUACGGCACAAUUGACAUUUUGGUCAACAAUGCCGGAAUCUUGCGUGACCGUUCCUUCGCCAAAAUGACAUACGACGAAUGGAUUCAAGUCCAAAAGGUCCACUUGAUUGGUACUUACCAAUUGACCAAAUUGGCUUGGCCACACUUCUUGGAAAAGAAGUUUGGUAGAGUUGUCAACAUCUCCUCCACUUCUGGUAUCUACGGUAACUUUGGCCAGGCCAACUACGCUGCUGCUAAGAGUGCUAUCAUUGGUCUUACUAGAACUAUUGCCAUUGAGGGUGCCCGUGCUAACAUCAAGGCAAACGUUGUUGCUCCACAUGCCGAGACUGCUAUGACUCUUACUAUUUUCAGAGAGGAGGACAAGAACUUAUACCCACCAAAGUUGGUAGCUCCAUUGUUGAUCUUCUUGGCUUCUGACGAUGUUCCAGUUACUGGUGAGUUGUUCGAGGCUGGUGGUGGAUGGAUUGGUAACACCAGAUGGCAAAGAGCCAAGGGUGCUGUUUCCAAGGAUGAGCAAACUACUCCCGAGUUUGUUGCUGACCAUUUGGAGGAGAUUACCGACUUCACAUCUGGAACUGCCAACCCUAAGACCACCACUGAAUCCUCUAUGGCUAUUUUGAGCGCCGUCGGUGAUGAUGACGAUGAGGAUGACGAGGAGGAUGAAGACGAGGAAGAUGACGAUGACGACCCAUCGAAAAUGCCAGACCCAGAAUUUUCUUGGAACGACAGGGAUGUCAUUUUGUACAACCUUGGUGUUGGCGCCAAGCGUAAGGAGUUGAGAUACGUCUACGAGAAUGACAGCGACUUCCAAGUGGUGCCAACCUUCUGCCACUUGCCUACCUUCAAUUCCGUCAAGUCACAAGCUACAUUUGCUGCCUUGUUGAGAAACUUCAACCCAAUGCUCUUGUUGCAUGGUGAGCAUUACCUCAAGAUCAACAAGUUCCCAAUUCCUAUCGAAAGCACAGUGGUUACAUCCUACCAACCAUUGGCUGUUGUCCAGAAGGGAACUAACACCAUUGUUGUCCAAGGCUCAAAGUCUGUAGACAAAGCUACUGGAGAAGAGUUGUUUGAGAACGAGGCUACUUUGUUCAUUAGAAAGUGUGAGGGUGACACCAAGAAGUACGCAGAGAGAAGAACCUUUGCCACUCAGCCAUUCAACGCACCAAAGUCCGAGCCAAUCUUCACCAAGGAUAUCAUCACCUCCGAUGAUCAGGCGGCUUUGUACAGAUUGACUGGUGACAGAAAUCCUUUGCACAUUGAUCCCGACUUUGCCGCAGGCGCCAACUUCGACAAGCCAAUUUUGCACGGAAUGUGUACAUAUGGUUUGACUGCUAAGGUCUUGUUGGACCAAUUCGGACCAUUUAACGAGAUCAAGGGUAGAUUCACAGGCAUCGUCUUCCCAGGUGAGACUUUGAGAGUCUUUGCUUGGAAGGAGGGCGACGUUGUCACCUUCCAAACCCACGUUGUUGACAGAAAGACCAUUGCCAUCAACAAUGCUGCGAUCAAGUUGGUUUCUGACAAGAGCAAGUUGUAA